AUGACGAGUUAUCCUCCCACUCCCGCCUUUGGGGGAUUUCCCUCUGUACUAGUUAACACCAAUCGAAAGACGAGCGCCAAUACCAGUAAUACCACAGGCAGUCCAACUUCACCAGCUACGCGUUCUCCAAACCAUUUUCCGAAAGCUACGAGUAAUACUCCUCGCCUACCACCAUCCACAGCACAGAUUCCAUGCAUUGAUCCAGCCCUUCCAGGAUUGGGUAAGCUCGUUGAGCGGACGGGCGGGACUUCCGUCGAGGAUAGAGAAGAAGGCGAACUGUCUGAUAUUGAGGGAGACGGUCAAGGCACUAUCAUUAACGAAAUGUCAAAUAGCAUCGGAGGCAAUCAACAGGCUCGAGAGGAACAACAGCAAAUUUUCGAAACUUACACACCGAGACUAGAUGGCCAAACCCAACCAUACUCGCCAAACAUGCCCUUAUCCUCACGGGACGAUUCUUAUAGACCACGGCCGCGGGGUAAUCAUGCACUCGUAUUCAAUUCCGGAUAUGCUUACCAAUCUUCGGCUCAUUUGCCAACCCCUCCAGGUAAUGGACUAUCCUAUGGCCGAAUAUGGCCUGCAGAUUUUCAGUACCAACAGAUCGAGUCAUUUGAAAAAGAAAAUCUCCAACAUAAAUCUCUACUCUUCGCCGAACCUGAGCUAUCGCCCCCGACGGGUCCUCAACAUCAACCUCAAUCUCAUGGAGGGGCCACCGGGGUUCCUUCAUACUCCAUGAUGCCACAGGCCUUCUCCCAACUCCCAACUGAAGUCUUACUCAGCAAUCCUGAGGCUCUACGCAAAGAGACUGAAACUGCUGUUUCGAAUAUGCUCCCUUUAAAGGUGACAUUCGCAAACAUGGUUGAAGAAGGCAUCAAUCCAAGAGUUCUCAGAAAGGUUUUUACAAGAUUAGGUUUCCCUGUUCCGGUUGAGGCCGCAUCGCCGUCUCCAGGUGCGGAUGUCAACGUCACCCAAGCGGCGCAGCAAGAUACUAGACAAAUACUUGCACCAGCUCCCCCCCAAAGAACCGAGAUCGAACGAAAGGCCCGGACGAUCCGAAAGCAGCUAGAAAAGGAGAAGUCCGUUCGAGAUAAAGAGCGUAGAGAGGCUGAAGCGAGGGCUGCAGAAUUGGUUUUUGAAAGAGAAGCGGCUAGGGCAGAGGCCGAGAAAACGAAACGGUCUGCAGAAGUUGAAGCAAAGAAGGAAGUCCUUAGAAGAAAAAUAGGGGAGUUAAAACUCCCAGCAAAAGCUCUUUCUCAAGCCCCAACGCCGGUUUCCUCGAUGCCUGUUGUUGCGGCUAUUGCCAGAGCCUCCAUGGACGUUCCACGCAUUCCGGGGCUCUCAUUUGGAGAGUCUGGUGCGGACAUAUCAAACAGCCCGCUUAUCCAGUUAACAAACCAGGCAGAUGAACACAUUGAUACAGUUAUGAAAGAUUCGACCGCCCCGGAACCCAAGCUUCUUCCUGUUGUUUCUACGUCUGCUGUAGGUUUAACUGCUUGCACAAAUGUCGCAGUCUUAUCUCCAGCUACACCUUUGGAACGCCCAAUCAAUGCGCGUAAAAAGAGACCAGUCGCAUCGGAUUUGUACUCUGAACCCCAGCCUGCCAAACGUAAGUUUGGUGAACAACGCUUCGGAAGACUCAUUAUUGAAGUCUCAGAUGACGAUGAGGGGACUGAUGAAGUUGAUGAUGAUGACGCCGGACUUGGCGAGGCAAGGACCUCGAGAUCAACUCCUACCGGUGCUCGUCCUCCCGGGCCGAUCGAGCAUGUUCAAAGAAGUGCAAGUACCGUGAAUGUUAGCGUAGCACUGCGUUCCGUGAAUACGGCGCCCCCUGGAACUCUCAAUGCGGGCUACAGAAAUGGGUCAGGAGGUGCUCAUGCCAAGAUAGCUUUGCAAUCUAAGAUGGAAGAGAUUGAGACACUCAAGCGAGCUAUUCAGGAAGCGCAGCACAAAAAGAAACUUGCUGCAAAGCGCGGUGUCUCAACCCCAACAUCAGUCGGUACGCCAAAUAAUGAUAGUGUAGUAACGCCGCCUUCCGACAGUCAAUCCAAACCUGCAAGAGCAGAGGUCCUGGAAAGCAUAGCAAGUAAUGGGGCAUAUCUAACAGAUAAGGGUCAGCAACACCAAUUUCCUUCGGCCAAGGAAAAGGAGUCCCUGAAAGAGGCCAGUCAAGAGAAACUUAAACUCCUCCUUGAAGAACUUGAGGAGCUCGAAGCCGCGGAAGAGGCCGAAAAGAAAAAGCAAGCAGAAUCUGAAAUAGCGGAGAGGAGGAGAAGAGCAGAGAAGCAAGAGAAGCAGAAGAAGCUUGAGGCCUUUGAAGCCGACAAGGUAAAGAGUAGGGCAGCAAGGCAAAGGCUCAGGGAGGAGAUGGAGAGAAUUGAGAAAGAGGAGAUGGAGAUUGAAGAGAAAAAACUCUUACUCGAAAAAGAAUUGGAGACACUUGAACAAGCAAGUGGCAGCGGUUUUACCACAGUCGAGGGCAGCACCGAAUCCAUCAACGAAGCACUUAGGAGGAAAACUGCCGAAAUCGAAAAUCUGAAAAAGCGUAUGGAGCAUACUGAAGAAGGUGAGCAAGCUCUAGACCCCUCCCCCGGCCCAAAAGGCCCUCUAUUCUCUUCGCUACGCCCAUUUUAGGGUUACUUUGACUGCGGUCACAAAUAGGGAGAUAAUCCGGCAGAAGAAAGUCACGAACGAACGCUUAUGCAUUGACCUCGAUUAUAGAUGAUAAAACGGAUGCCGAAAACUUCCCCCCUGGCCCAUCUUCCUCACAGAAUAGCCAAGCUUUGUCGCUUUCCCCCAAGUCCCCUCUUCACCCUCAGGAAUUUCCAGUCCCUGCCCAAUCCACUCAUAGCCAGCAUCCAGUGGCCAGCAAUAGCUCUACAGCAAGCGUAGGAAAUAGACCAGCAACCUUCCACAAAACCGCUUCAGCUAAUGUAUCGCCCAAUGAGAUACAGGCUUCCAAUCAACUCCAGUCCCAGCAGGCCGCAACUCUAGCUCCUGCAACUCAAUCCUUUGAAACGAGACCGCAUGAAGUGAUGGAUGUUGACGAUAAGAGCGCUUCAAAGAGUAGCCAAGCCAAUGACCAUGAGUCGGAUAUGGACAUCGACAUCGAUAUGGAUGCUGAUACUGAAUAUAUGAACUCUGUUCAUGGGGACAUUGCUAAUGAUGAUCCAUCUUCCGGGUCAUCAACCACCUCAAGCUCUAAUGAAAAUAUCUCUUCUAGUGAAGAAAUAAUAGCAGGACCACAGGUUCGGGACAAGCCGACGAGAGAUAAUAAAACAAGCCCACAAGUUGUUCGCGCAGUAGUUACAGGACAAUCUCUCAAACCACAAGAUGAGGCUACGAUCAAGAACACAUCUGGUGAGGCUAAUAUAUCUAGAAUAGUGCCCGAGCAAAAGAACCAUCACGCCCCCGACGAAGUUGUAGCUAGCAGCAAGGUUUGCCCCGAUGUCUAAUCCUAUGUUUGAUGACUUGUCCCCAUAAUUCUGUCGUUCGCUAACCACGAAUCUCACCAUAAAAUUCUUUUGCGUUUGUGGUUCUGAGUUUUAUAGAUUUGCACUUACCUUAAACCACCUAAC